AUGGACGACCGGAAGGAGGCAGGGAAGUGGGAGCAUCUCGAGGAGCUCCAUCUCUGGAUGAAGCACGUCGUGGGACUUAUGUCCGAUACUGUCAACAAUGGGCUUGGUCAAGCUUAUUUUGAGAAGCUUCUCCAGGCCUACAAGGAGCUUGUGGCGCUCAAGGAGGAGAAGAAGGAGAGGGAGGCUGCCCUAACCAAAGCCCGGGAGGCCUCGGAGAAGGCGAUAGAAGAGGCCACGCAGCUAAGGGAGCGGACCACAUCGGCUGAGGAGACUGCGUCCAAGGCUCGGGAAGAAGCCACGUUCUAUAAGGAUGUGGCCGCCGAGCUUGACAAGGAGAAAAACCUUGUUAAGGCGGAGCUUGCCUCCGCCAGGGAGGCCUAUCGAGAGAUGAAGGAAGAGUGCAUGAAGAGCGAAAUCGCUCGGAGCACCGCAGAGGAGGCCGGGAAGAAGGCCCAUGAGGAGCUCGAGGCAGAGUGCGCUCGCUCUCGCGGGCUCUCUGAUGACGUCGAUCGUCUGAAGAGAGCACUGUUAGAGAAAGAGGGAGCUAUCUCGCAGGCGGGCAAGAUGAUCGAAGACUUGCAGGCCGCCAACACCGACCUGGCCCGUUCUUACAUGGGGGUCGAGACGGCCAAUACUGAUUUGGUUGGUGAAAAAACUGCUCUAGAGGAGAGGAUUCACGGGCUUAAGGACGAGCUUCUGGCUGCCCAGGUCGAGGCCCGCUCCGCUAAGGCUCAGCUCGAGGGGGAGACAACCAACAGCUAUUUCGAGGUCCUGAAUCAGGUCGCCUCGUUUCUUCAAUUUGACGAUGAUGUCGUCAACGAUUUGCUGACCAGUCAGGAUGGUGAACCUCCUUGA